UAAACUGACCCGCAGUCGCUUGGCUACACCUGACGAAUUGUGUUUUCUUAAGUAUUUUACACUAAAAACUCAAAUUUCCAAAACCAAGUAAGUAAACUAUAAUGACUGCAGAGGAUUUUAAACAGUCUGUCAGACACAAAAUACCGAAGUUCAGACAUUAAAUCCUACUUUGAGAAAAAUAUCUGCUCAGAGCAACAUUCCUCCUCUUUUAUUAUAAACAGUAAUAUGAGCUUUGUUUUAAUUUAGAACGCAUUUAUGAAUGAAAGGAGUGUCAUGUCACAGUGUUUAUUUCUGUGCUUGGGACGUCCCACCUCCCUCUGCAUCCCAUCCCAUCUCAUUCCUAUACGGGCUGUAUAAAAAUCGCAGGGAUCCCAGUUCUGAAGCAGACCUCUGAGCUUGUCCCCACAGAAAACCUCCAGGAUGACUGGGAUUACUCUCUUCCUCUUGUUUCUGGUGUUUCCUCUAUAUAAGACAGAGGAGCAUGUCGUUAACGAGUUGUACACUCUUAUAGAAAAGGGUCAAAGCAGCUUUGUAGAUCCAGCUUCGAGCAACCAGAGCAGGCUGGUGGUUAAAGAGCCCUCCCUGCCCAUCAAUGAACUUCUAGAGAAGAGCAGCAGGACCGGCGAGUCAAAGUUCAACCUCCAUCCUCUACCCUCUGCCGUUUGGCCCAAGCACAGUGACCUGGCUCCCAUCCCUCGCCACCACAGUCCCCACAACAAGAGCAAGAAGGGCCUCAAGAGCGACCGUCUGGUAGAGCUCAACAGUGAGAAAACCAGAGGAGAAGUUGCUGGUCUGCUUCCCAAAACCCUGCUGACAGGAGCUACAGCCACCGCCGCCAACCGCACCGUGCAGAGGACCAGCCAGGACACCCAGUCGAGCAUCAGUCCCCCUCAGCAGACUGAGCCAGAGGGACACCCCAACUCCAGACCCAGGGGUCCACCACACCCGCAGCCUGCUCAGCCACACCAGCCGGCCCCUUCUCCACGCAGAGAUCCCCCCAACCGACGGCUGGACCCAGAGGAGAACCGCCCGGGGAAGUCCAGCCUCUACCAGUCAGGUAUCGGUGCAGCACCCCGGAACAACAGCCGCCCAUCUGUCAUCUUCAACCGGCGCUCCUCCAGCCUGCUUUACCAGUUCGACAUCCUGAGGCGAGAGCCCGACUUCACACAUGAUGCCUUCUGCAUGAGUGAAUGCAGGAAGGAGAAGGAGGAGAGAGAGUAUUACUGCUACAGUGAGUUUGCUGUCAACGGGAUUGUUCAUGACAUCGACAUGUUGCGUAAAGGAAUACGCCUCAUUACACUGAUGGUGAGCAGCGACGGCUUCUACAAGAUGAGUCGUCUCUACGUGACCCCGGACAGCUUCUUCUUCAAAGUUCGCCUUCUGGUCUUGGACACCUACAAAUGCAGCAAGCCCUGCCCGGAUAUCAAACUGGGGACCAGAUACAUCGUAAUGGGUCAGAUCUACCACCGGAGGCGCCAUCUUCCCAAUGAUCUCCUGAAUCUGCUGGGGGGUAAACUGAAGCCUGGGGAUGGACUCCUGAGAAGCAACAACUACGUGAAGAGAUUCAACAAACGGAGGCAUCAGAAAGCCCUGGAGGCCACCCGCUCCAGGUGUAGGUGAACCCAACAUGAGACUAUAUCGCCCCCUGCUGCAGGGGAAGAGACAUUGCAGCUUAUGUGAACUGAUCAUAACCAGCCCCCUCAGUAUUGUGCAGGAAGGAAGACAUUUUGCGAAAAGGAAUGGAUUUACUUUCAUAUGGACUGCGAUGAUGUAUCAUAACCCAUGUUCAUCUUUUUUUACUCAACUGUAAAAUUGACAAAAAAAAAACAACCUAUCUUGGGGUCUCCGAUAGAAAACAAAGGGAGUUUCCAUUGAUGUAAUGUUUGGGGCAUCAAACAAGGGUGUCUCCUCAGUCCAAUAUCAUUUUCUCAAAAUCGCUGAUAUUGACAACUCCACUCGAACUCCUCAUUCGUUCAUUCAUUCAUGGCAGGUACAUGAAUUCCCUUAAAAAGGCAUCAAAUUGGCACACAUCAAAAGGGAAAUCUGGCUUAUCUGCAGCACAUUCUUCUUUUUAGCAUGAAAUUAAUUUAUAGAAAUGUAACAUCUUAUUAUCUUGCAUGAGCAUUAAGUAGCUGUGGCUCCUGAUGUUUAGGCAAGUGCCUUGUAUAGAAGCGCUACUGGCAUGUGAAUGGGCAAAUGAGAGGCACAUUGUAAAGCACUUAGAGACGAAAGCGCUAUGUUAAAGCCAUAGUGUGGGACUUUUACAUAUAAACGAACUUCCGUUACAUUCAAGCCCUCGCCAAAUGAGUUCACACAAUACUGAUUAAACCUAACUGCCAGAUAAAUCUCUCUGUCUGUCUGGUGUCAGUGGCGACGUUCCUGCACUGGCGGGAUGAAUGCUUACUGCUCAUGCUCUAUGGGCAGAGCAAGCGCACCAGAGACUUCCGCCGGCAAAGCUGACUAACUUCUGGUUAGCUCUCUGCUAACUUGAACAGGAAUAAAAUAAUUAAAUCGUGCGGUUCUUCUAGACUUUCAAAAUGUUAUUGAACUGAAAGGAUCAAAUUUUGAUAGUGAAAUGAGUCAUUUCAGGGGGUUGCGUGAUGCUCAAAACAAUUUAUCCACGGUUUUACAGCCACAACAGUAGCGAUGGAGUACAGAGGAGUCUAUGACGUAUGUACGUGACGUGACGAUAGUGUUUUGGUAAUUACUCUUACUGCCAGAAGGGGAAGACAAAAGUUACGCACUGCAGGUUUAAUGCACUUCAUUUACCAGCAUUCAGUUAUUAAUGUGCAUGAAUCAAGCUUAUAUUUGUCCUGAGCCAGAAACAUGGUCAGAUCCAGCCUCUGCAUCGGCACUAUAAUCCAGGAAGCUCUUUUACACACUAAAGAGGAGAAACUUAUUUUCCGUAUAAACAAAUUGGCUUUUUAAAAUAAUCGCAAAUAAUUUCAUGAAACGUGGGAGCCUCCGCUGUGAUCGUACAUAUUCAGAAUUUUAAAUCUAGUUGAUUCCUUUGAUGAAUAUAUGAUGCAUUUAAAUUGAUAUGAAUACAAAAUGUUGUAUUGCACUGAAUUGUUUCGCAACACCCAGUCUGGCGCAUUUUGUCACUGUGGUUGCUGUUGGUUAGCAGGAAAUGCACUAUUAGUGUUUAAAGGACCAAAGGGAGGGAAUGAAGAGUCUGAAAAAGGAGCAGCAACAAACCACAGUGGAGGAGGAGGAGGAGGAGGGAGGAAGGAGGAAAAGGGAGAGAGAGAGAACGCACAGGACCUUUGUUUGUCAGGAGAGCGACUUAUUUUUUUAACUUUAAUUAUGUGUCCACGAUGAAAUGUCUGCCUGAGUAGACUGCGACAUCAAAAGGGGCCUUGCUGAAUGAGGAGGGGGUGAGUUGUUGUAGGGACUAAGCCAUAAAUCUAAUCACAGGAAUCUGAUCCUCUCCACACCUGGAUACAUGACUCGGAAAAGUGCCUCCGUCAUAGCUCCUCUUUGGGAUGGCUCUUGUUUUCUUGCUUACACACAGACACGUAGUCCUCUGGGAAGGCCAAAGCUGAAAAGGGGAAUUUCAAGGCAGAAUCAGAGGAAGAGGGAGGUGGGGGAAGGUGGACGAGGAUUAAAGAGGGUUAUAUAAAAUGACAAAGGGAGAAAAGAGGGGUGUUGGAUCUGUCUUUCUGUUCCCAAAGGGAUAGCUUCUUAUUUAAUCAGAAAUCCCUGGCUUGAUUGCAGUUCAACCCUGAGCUCAUGCUUUUUAUGAAAGGGAAAAGAUUUGCACUGAACGCUGACAUUGCUUUACUAUUC